CAGAAAGAACAGUAAAAAUGCAGGCAGGGCACAGGACAAAGCAUUCGGGACAAAAUUGUAUUGAGUGAAUGUCACUUUUAAAAUGUUUUAAUUUCGCGCCGUUCCGUCCCCGUACGUCCUGACGCUCACAGGAAACGGAACCCAGAAGACAGAUGCCGGGAUCGGCCGGAGGAGAUGGCCGGGGACGCUGCAGGGGGGACAUUGCGGGAGCAAAGGACAAGGUACGUGAUGGAGGGAAUGCCUGAGAAAUGCUGCAGUGUAAACCCGAGUGUAGCUUGGGAUUACUGCUUUUGGUACUGAAA